GCGCCGUGGAUAUUUAUUAUUCAGCGUGACUGACGAUAUCAGAACACAACACACAACUGCGACGAGUUCGCACGCGCUUAUCUGACGUUUUUCAGCUACUGUUGUCUUUUGAGUUUUUAUACAUUAAGCCAAAAUGAAUCGAAUGGGGAGUAUGUGCACAUUUGAUGAAAUCAACCGGGAUGACAGAAUGAACGGUCACAGAAAGCUCAGACUGACUCUCCACGAGCAGAACCAGAACCAGAACCAGCACCAGCCACCUGCCGCAGAUAAGCCAGUUGGCAGAGCGUUUGCUUUGGUACAACCAACCUUUGAGAGACAGCCAUUGAAGUCUGAUUUGAUCAAGCAGUCUGAGGACCAGGGCGAGGUCAUCAAGGUAUAUUUGGAAGACCGCAAAGAGGCACAAGCCAGACACCAACAGAGUCUAAAGAUGCUUUCAGAGGAAGUUUCACAAAUACAGGAGGUGAGAUACUGUCUGAAAAACCUCAGAGAGCAGAUGGCAGCUAAAAGUCACAGGACUGAACAUAAGCUGGUGUUAUCUGGUCCCAGAAAAGUUAAUGGCACUCAUUCAGCACUAACAAAGGCCCUAAACGGUUUAGAGAGACAGGAUAGUAUGGAUGAACAGGAAAAAGAGAAGAUGAGGGAGGCCAGUAAACGUCUGUAUGCUCAGCUCCAAGAGGCCGAGAAGAAACACCAGGAGGAGAGAGAAAAACUGCUGGCGGAGGCACAGCAGUAUAAGCAGCAGUUAUCUGAGCAGAGCGAGUAUCUGAAGAGGGUUCAGCAGAGCAAAGAGCAGCAGGAUCAGCAGAUCGAGGAUCUGCAGCGUCUCAUGGGCGGUAUGGAGCAGGAGAGCUCCACCCUCAGAGACCAACUCAUGACCAAAGAAGCCGAACUCCUGCAGCUGCGUGAACUGAGGGAGGAGGGCCAUGUAGGGAGAGAGAGGUUAGAAGAGCUGGAAAAGGAAAAUGCUAUUCUGAAAGAGAAGAUUCAUCACUUGGAUGACAUGCUCAAGAGUCAACAGAGAAAGUUGCGGCAAAUGAUUGAACAGCUUCAGAACUCACGCAUGGUGAUUCAGGAGAGAGACAGAGUGAUCAGAGAGUUGGAGGAAAAGGUGGCCAUGCUGGAGGCAGAGAACAAACAAAUGCGUGAUCAGAUGGAUUACUACCUGGGGAGUCAAAGGUCAAACUCAUACCUGCCAUCAGACAGCAAUGCGCAGAUUGUCUACAGCAAACCACUGAGACCAUCCACCCAGACCAACAAGAGCCUCCCCUUCAUCAAGGUCAUUGAAAUUAAAUCAUGAACAUUACCACAGCAACAUCACAGCUCUGUUAUGACAACCACACUAUCCACAGUGCAGAGGAAUACUAGCAACCUAACCAUCACAGACGUUCACUAAAUGAUAUGUUAUUGCUUUAGUGUCUAAAAGCCUUUUCUGCAAGAUUACUUCUAACAGUGCAGAGUUACUGUAAUUGCCAUUAUUACAUACUCUGACUAUGAAUUAUCCAUGUAGAUUUGACAGGCCAGGGACUGUUAAAGAGCAUAUCCAUUAAUAUGAAGACAAAUGAAGAAAACAAAUGAAGAACUCAUCUUUGCAUUAUUCUGAGAAAAGGGCUUCUAGAUGGAUUCUGGGGGUAUUUAGGUAUUUAUUUGAGGCUGGCCCUCUGAAGUCGAUGUCUUUCACUCAACAUUAACAGACAGACAGAUUGUGUUGCUAAACACCCUCAUUGAGCUCUCAUUAUCUCUCGUAAUCUCCUUCGGUAUUAGCUCGGCUAAACUUUAGUGGGUUUCUGAGUUCGCAGAAAUCACAGAUGAAAAUCUGUUAAAAUUAUAGAGACAAUGGAUGGGGACCUUUUUUAUUUAUUUUU